UUUUCUCACUCAGACCAGCCGCACGCCCCCCUUCGUGCUUCUCCUUUGUCGCGUACAGACCAAGAAGUUCCGGUGGCGGCGUCACCGGACGAAAAGCAGCAGGCGUGAGGCAGCGUUGAGCUUCGUCGGUGGCAUCCUCUUUCUUCCCCCUUUCUUGCUUCGACGGCGGUGAACGGAGGGACGGAGCAGCAGACCGGCGACCAUGGCCCCUGUUUUCCCGGCGGGAGCAAAGUCGCGAUGGCAGUGGUAGUCCUUGGCCUCCCCUUCCUCCCCGGCAAGCCCUCUCCUCCGGCGGCAGUCUCGACAAGUCCGUCUGGUAGCGACAGCAUAGAACCCGUAGCCAUGAUGUUCAUUCUUGCAAGAGAUAUAUCGGCAAUGAACACUAGGAGUGCUCUACGUGUUUGCGUGGUUAGGGCGUACGACAUUCCUGAAAGAAAUGCUUCAUCAAUACUCAAAUCUAAAGAGUUGGUAUUUCAUAACCAAGAGAUGUUAUAGGUAGAGUUGUCGAACUCCAUGCUCCACAGGAUAAAGUUAUUAACGGAAAAAACUCUAGGCUGAUUGAUUUCAUCAUUGAGGAUGUCGAGUAUGUUUAUACUUUUUCCAAUAAUUAUUUUCUAUUCAUAUUUAUUAAUGAACUUAAUGUAUUCUUUUAUUCUAAAAUGCAGUGGUAAUCGAUUAACAUGCACCAUAUGGGAUAAUAAUGUUGUUAAGAUUGAGCCAUUUUAUAACUGCUCUACUGAAGAACCAUUGGUGGCUUUAAUCCAAUUUUGUAGGGCAAUGCUUUGCUUAAACAGUAAUUAGUCUAUUCUAUGUACCUAAUCUAUUUUUUUACGCGAUCUUUAUGCUACUUUAAUCUAUCUAGAGGCAUACCACAUCAGAAAAUACUGCAACAAACAUUGACAUAAACAAAAAAUAGGGAUCAACAUUAUGUACCUA